AUGGUGAAAUUACAGAGAUUUGCGGAAAGCAACGCUUUGGUACAUGAGUUUGGAAAGUAUAUCCUUGAGAAGCAGGACUCGGCGUUAGCGGGUAACUCACACGCAGUGUUCAAUAUCGCCAUUAGCGGCGGCUCUAUGAACAAAGUGCUAUACGAAGGCCUGGUGAACGACAAAGACACUUUCCCGCAUAUAAAAUGGCCACAAUGGAGAAUCUUUUUCUGCGAUGAAAGACUAGUCCCCUUUGAAGACCCGCUGAGCAACUACGGCCAGUUCAAGAAGACCGUUCUGGACCCCCUGGUGCACAAAGGCGACCAAUUGAAUUUGGGCCCCACCGUGUACACCAUCAACCAGUCCUUGAUCGGCGGUGGCGAGACGGCCAACAAGAAGAUCGCCGAGGAGUACGCGUCUUUGCUGCCGGCCUCUUUCGACCUGGUCCUACUGGGAUGUGGCGACGACGGACACACAUGCUCUUUGUUCCCCGGAGAAGAAUUCAACUACCUCGUGGAAGAAAUGACCCGCAAAGUAGUCUGGUGCUACAAUUCGCCGAAACCGCCCAGCAACAGGAUCACUAUCACCCUGCCCGUGAUCGCGGACGCCAAGAACGUUUGCUUCCUCGCCAGGGGGAGUUCCAAGAAGGACAUCAUGCAUGAUGUUCUGAUCAUUAAGAACAGCGAGCUCCCCAGUGUCUUGGUCAAUGAAAUGAUCGGAACCAGAGUUACAUGGUUCUUAGACGACGCCGCCGGCGCACUAAUCCCGCAAGACUGCUAG